AUGGAAAGUGCCAACAGGACCCAGCAUAACACCUUCAUCCUACAUGCGAGUCUCAGCCCGCUUAAUGACUUUUUGGAGGAAAACGACACUAACAUCACCGCCGGAGAGACAAAUUCGUUGGGCUGCGUGCAGAUCCGCAUCCCUCAGGAGCUCUUCUUGGCCCUGGGGAUCAUCAGCCUGGUGGAAAACAUCCUUGUGGUGCUAGCCAUAAUCAAAAACCGCAACUUGCAUUCACCCAUGUACUACUUCAUCUGCUGCCUGGCCGUGUCCGACAUGCUGGUCAGUGUCAGCAAUGUGGUGGAGACCAUAGUCAUGCUCCUCAAUGACCACGGCCUGCUGGACGUGCAGCCGGGCAUGUUGCGCCACCUGGACAAUGUCAUCGACGUGAUGAUCUGCAGCUCCGUGGUGUCCUCGCUCUCCUUCCUGUGCACCAUCGCCGCGGAUCGCUACAUCACCAUCUUUUACGCACUGCGUUAUCACAGUAUCAUGACCACGCAGCGCGCGGUGACUAUCAUCGUGGUGGUGUGGCUGGCCAGCACCACCUCCAGCAUCCUCUUCAUCGUGUAUUACACCGACAAUGCUGUGAUUGUGUGCCUCGUGACUUUCUUCUGCACUACCCUGGUGUUUAACGCCGUGUUGUACCUGCAUAUGUUCCUCCUGGCGCACGUGCACUCCCGGCGCAUCAUGGCUUUCCACAAAAGCAGACGCCAGUCCACAAGUAUGAAGGGAGCGAUUACACUGACCAUCCUGCUCGGGGUCUUCAUUUUAUGCUGGGGUCCUUUCUUCCUCCACCUCAUUCUCAUCCUCACCUGUCCCACUAGCCCUUUCUGCAACUGUUUCUUCAGAAACUUUAACCUUUUCCUCAUCCUCAUCAUCUGCAACUCGCUCAUCGACCCGCUCAUCUACGCCUACAGGAGUCAGGAGCUGCGUAAAACCCUGCAGGAGCUGGUUCUGUGUUCCUGGUGCUUCGGCGUGUGA